AUGUGUUUGUGUGCCGCAGCGAAGAUCCUCUUCUUCUACUUGCUGUUCUACGCCGCGCUGACGGGCUACUUCUUUGCCAUGCUGGCCGUCUUCUACCAGACCAUCGACAUGCGUGUGCCCAAGUGGCAACUGUCGCGCUCCCUCAUUGGAGACAACCCGGGACUGGGAUUCCGCCCCAUGCCACCCGAUGAGAAUGUAGAGUCGACGCUCAUCUGGUACCACGACUCCAACGAGAACUACAAAUAUUGGACGGAGGAAUUGGACAAAUUUCUAGAAGCGUACCGGCAGCCCGCGCCUGGCGAGAAGCGCGUGCCCUGCAACUACACGACGGGGCCCGAGGAGGGCCGCGUGUGCGACGUGCCCAUCCAGUCCUUCGGCAACUGCUCCACCGAGAGCCACUACCAGUACCACCGCUCCGCGCCCUGCAUAUUCAACUGGAACCCUGCGUUCUACAAUGACUCUGACCCUCUUCCGGACAAUAUGCCCGACGACCUUCAGAAUCAUAUCAUGUCCCUGAAGCAGCAGAACAGCAAAGAGGUGAACACGGUGUGGGUGUCGUGCGAGGGCGAGAACCCGGCCGACGUGGAGAACAUCGGCCCCAUCCAGUACUUCCCCGGGCGCGGCUUCCCGGGCUACUUCUUCCCGUUCCAGAACAACAAGGGCUACCUCAGCCCGCUCGUCGCCGUGUGGUUCGAGCACCCGGCCACCGGCGUGCUCAUCAACAUCGAGUGCAAGGCGUGGGCCAAGAACAUCGUGCACGACCGCCUGGAGCGCCGGGGCUCCGUGCACUUCGAGAUGAUGAUCGACUGAGCGGCCGAGGGCGUGGCGGGGCCUCGCCCGGCGAGCGACGGGCGCUGAACGCGGGGCGAGGGCGAGGGCGGGAGCGAGGGUGAAGGCGUGGACGGGGG